CUCUGGCAAAAUCUGUUUUCUGUGCAUCGGCUAAAUCCUCCUCGACGCUGUGCUAAACGAUGGCAGCGCAACCCAACGGAACGGCCGACGCGCCCAUUGAAGUAUCCUCUGUCCCCACUGUUGUUGGCAUCAACUUUGGCAAUUCUUACGCGUCGAUUGCAGUACUCACGAAGGAAGGAUCUGCAGAUUGCAUUGCCAACGAAGAUGGAGAACGUCAGAUCGCUUGCGCUGUGGCUUUCCUCGGCGAGGAACUGUACAUAGGCAACCAGGCGAAGCCGCAGCUGGUCAAGAACUCGCACAAUACGAUAUUGGGUUUCCGCAACCUCCUCGGCAAAAAAUUCUCUGAGUUAUCCUUUGAUAAACCCACUGCGUCUGCUCCUGUCAUUCAGCAUCCUGAGCAGCCAGACGUCCCCGCGUACAAAGUCCAGGUUCUGCAGGCAGCGCCCUCACCUCUCCUGACGACAGCGACUAACACUCCGGCCGCCUCUAAAGCUGCCACUCCGCGCUCUGAGCCAACCCCCGCCGAGCGCAUCCUGACUGUGUCCGAGGUCACUUCGAUGUUCCUCAGGUCCCUUGUGCAGUCUGCCGAAGACUUCCUCGGCAAAAAGGUCCAGGGCGCUGUCAUCAGCAUCCCCACCUGGUUCGACGACGCCCAGCGUGCCGCCCUGACGCAAGCCGCAGAAGAUGCUGGCAUCCACGUCCUCCAGUUGCUUGAGGAUGCGGGCGCGGCGACAGUGACCACCACGACCAACCUCACUCCUGUUGAGCUCGACCAUGAUCGCACCCAAUUGGUAGUCGACCUUGGCACCUCUUCCCUCGAGCUCUCCCUCCUUUCCAUCCGCGAAGGGCUCGCAUUCUCGCUGGCCACGCUCUCGGACGCCACCGUCGGCGGAACCGCGCUCGACGACAAGCUGAUCAAGUUCUUUGCCAAGGAGUUCACCAAGAAGACUAAGACGCCCCUGACGGACAAGCGCGCCGAGGCGAAGCUCCGGCUUGCGGUCGAGCACACCAAGCGCACACUGUCCGCGUCCCCUGGCGCCGCGACCUGCUCCGUCGAGUCGCUCAAGGACGGGCUCGACUUUACGGGCACAAUCACGCGGCUGCUGUCCACCCGUGUGAAGGAGCUCGUGGAGAAGGCAGGCCUUGACCUGUACGACGUCGACGAGAUUGUAUACGUCGGCGGCUCCGCGAGUCUUCCCGGGCUCGAUGAGACGCUCGCUCAGGGCUUCGCCGAGUCGGUCGUCACGCCCUUCACCGCCGGCACCGUCGUUGGCGGUGGCGUGGGCGACCCGACGACGAUCAUCUCCCGCGGGUGCGCGCUGCAGGCGAAGCUGGUCGCAAUGCUUGCCGAGGGCACCGAAGAAGAGCGCGAAGUGAAGGCAGCAUUCGCCAGCGGAAGUAAAUGGACGCAGGCGAAGGCGACCUCGAAAACGAUUGGCAUGCUCUUCCCUGAGGAGAACGCCGAAGGUCCUCUGGGCGGCCAGUGGGUACCGGCAGUACUCCGAGACACAGUCGUGCCGGCGAGGCGAACACUGCGCCUCGAUGUCGAUCUCGGUGAAGGUGAAGGUGAGAAGAAGGUCGGCUUCGAGGUGUGGGAGGCGAAAGAGGGCGUCAGGAUUGAUAUGGUCAAGCUCCCCAAGCUUGAGGACGAGGAGGACAUUCCGGCAGACGAGGAAGAGGAAGAGGAGGAAGAGGAAGAGGUGAAGGAGAAGACAGUGGAGAAGGAGACUUUGCUUACCGCACUGUCCUUCGUGGCGAAGGAGGCAAAACAAGAGAAAGCUAGGUGGACGACAAAAGUGGAGGUACAGUUUAUUGCAGAUGAUACUGGAGGUCUAGAGAUUAGUGCGUGGGAGGUUGGUCCCUCUGGAAAGGGCGAAAAGACGGUUGUCACCGUCCAGUCUGCAUAG